UUCAGCUGGGCGCGUGCAGCCAUUGAGCAGACUCUACUUUUUGACGGAACUGUUUGCUUUGAAACUAAUCAAAGAGUGUCCAACAUGCUUAUGGAAAGAAUACGUGAGGUAGCUGUCCGACUACGCAAUGGAUCUCUCACUGUGGAGGAGUUAUACAAACAAUGUAUGCAACGAGCCAAAAGUCUUCAACAGCUGAAUGCAUUUCUUACUUUGACUCCGGCACUUGCUAAGAAACAGGCUGAAGAGUCGGGGGAAAGAAUCACACAAGGGAAAGCCAAGAGCGUACUUGAUGGGAUCCCAGUUGCUGCUAAAGACAACUUCAGCACCGCAUGCAUGGAAACCACUUGUGCCUCCCACAUGCUGGCUGGAUAUGUCCCACCCUACACAGCAACAGUUGUACAGGGACUGCUGGACGAGGGCGCUGUUCUAAUGGGAAAGACUAACAUGGAUGAGUUUGCUAUGGGUACCGGCUCCGUUGACUCUGUACAUGGCCCAGUCCAGAAUGUUUGGCGCCAUCCCCUCUUGUCUUCAGAAUCGUCCCACCCCGCAGUAGUCAGACAAGAGGGGUCAGAGGUCAGAUUAGACUCAGUGGACAGUGAGAACGAUGGUUGGUUUGUGGCUGGUGGCAGCUCUGGUGGCAGUGCUGUAGCUGUAGCUAGUGGAAUGUGCUUUGCUGCUCUAGGAUCUGAUACUGGUGGCUCGGUGAGACUUCCUGCAUCACAUUGUGGUGUCGUUGGUUUCAAACCGACCUACGGGCUUUGCUCCAGGCAUGGUCUGAUUCCACUCACCAACUCCUUGGAUGUACCGGGUAUAUUCACAAAAUCUGUGGAUGAUGUGGCUUUUGUCUUAGGUGCAAUGGCUGGCCAUGAUCCUCUAGACUCUACCACUGUCAUGAAUCCUUUCCAAUCUUUUGAACUUCCUGAAAAUAUAUCGGUGGAAGGACUACGCGUCGGAAUCCCACAGGAAUUCCAUCCACCCAGUAUGGAAGCUGAUGCCAUCCAGGCCUGGUCCAAGGCAGCAGACAUCUUUGAGAAUGCCGGGGCUGUGGUAUCGAAGGUCUCUCUGCCGCACAUCCAACUGUCCCUUCUAUGUUACUCUGUGUUGGGACCAGUUGAAAUCGCCUCCAACAUGGCUAGAUAUGAUGGCAUAGAAUACGGACAUAGAGCAAAUGGUUACCAAUCAACCGAAGAGCUUUACGCUGCGACUAGACACGAAGGUUUCAAUGACAUUGUAAGAGGAAGAAUCUUAGCUGGUAACUACUUCCUUCUGAAAGACAACUACGAAAAAUACUUCCUUCAAGCCCAGAAGGUUCGCCGAUUGGUGGUUGAGGAUUUCUGCAAGUCCUUUGAGAGUGGAAUCGACGUCUUUCUAACACCAGCUGCAGUUGGUAGUGCCAAGAGCUACCAAGAGUUUGUUAUGUUUGACAGUCGUAAACGACAAGAGAUUGAGGACUGUCUGCUGCUGGCUGUUAAUUUAGCAGGAAUUCCAGCAGUUACUGUGCCUGCUGCACUUUCCUCACAGAGCAUGCCCAUAGGAAUACAGUUGAUUGGUCCGAGUUUCAAAGAGAAAGAACUACUGACAGUCGCUAAAUGGUAUGAACAACAGGUGGAGUUUCCAAGGGCGGAGCUUGAGGCAUCUUUGAGGGUGUUGGACGGCUAAUGCAUCAUACCCCUCCCUGCUUUUCAUAGUUUAUGCCACUUUAAUUAUUGAAGCAUCAGGUGUUUUUCCCAGAGAUGGUUUUUCUCAUUUGUCAUUAUGGUCUACCAAUCUCAGCUUUGUUAAGUAUCAAAUUUUGACACAUGUAACAACAUUAAAUACCCUUUGAUUAAAUUGAUGUAGCAGUCCAGUCCUUGUGCAGUUGUUAGGAGGGUAGAGAUCCAUCCACCAAUUAAGGAGAUUAAGAGGUGCAAAGCCAGACAAAAAGUGGUCUCAAGGCAACUGUGGCUUGAUUCCCUUGACAUCUAAAAGUUUACCCGAAUAGAUAUGAACACUAAAGCCAAAGGGAAAAGGGCUUAAGUUAUCUCACAAGGAGCCAUCUUGUGACUACCAGCCCACCAAGGUGCAGGUCUCAAGCAUGGGAACUGUCACUGAGAGAAGCCCUGAAACCUCUCAAGUCCUUUCAAAAUAUAAAUGUUAGUGACUUCUGGCCGAAAGGGCGUGGCUUUGAGAUAACGUAUUAAGUCUGCACACCGCAAGGGACGCUCAUACCCAUGCAGUAAUCUUGUGUCAGAGACCAGUAGGUCAGAGUUCAUAUUCACAUCAAAAGUAAUUAUCUCACUGGGGAAUCCCCAGGCCCCCUAGCUUGAACAUUAAAUAACUAAACAAUUAUGUUUAAUAGCAUCUGUCUUAAAAGGUUUUCUUUCAUGAAUAUAUUGACAAGGUUUUUAAAUAAAUGCAUUGACAUCAAAUGCCCUGA